AUGCACAUCCCACUAUUCACCAACCUUGCCACUUCCCUCUUACCCCUCUUAUCUCCCAGUCAACCCUCAUCUUCGUCAUCGACUAUAACCAUCCGACCGAUUCACGCCCACACGCACAAAUACAACAAUACCACCCCUACACUAUACCUCCACAACACUUCUUCGGAAGCAUCAUUCUACGCUCAUGAUUACCCUCUAUCCAUUUUUGGUGCCGAUGCGGAUAUACCAUCUUUAUCAGCCGACGAUCUGACCAUACGAACGGUCAAGACGAUCAUCCGUAGACCGAGGGUAAGACCACCAUCAAUGCUAUCUUGGUCUUUAUCUCACAAAGCGACAACCCACCGAGGAGGUAUAAUUCCGUUUGGGACAUAUAACAGUAGUGAAGAUGUUGGAAUGUGGGUAGCACCCGAUAUGAAUUCCCAAGGGGGUGAAUGGGACGAUGUAGAGGUCAUCGCACCAGAUAUUAAAGAUCGACAGACCCUCAUCACCCUAGCUAAAAUUACGAGUAAUGCAUAUGUACUACCGGACAGUGGGGAAUGGUGGCCUGUAGGUAAAUGGAAUAACCAUACGGUUCCUUUUGGAUGGGAAGACAAUGCAGAUGGAUUAAGGGGUCAUAUCUUUGCAGACCCAAAAAACGAAACGGUUAUCAUCUCCAUCAAAGGUACUUCAGCGGGUGUGCUGGGAUCAGGCGGACCAACGGCUAAAAACGAUAAAUUCAAUGAUAACCUCCUUUUCUCAUGUUGUUGUGCGAGAGUCGAUUUCUCUUGGACACCUGUAUGCGAUUGUUAUGCGGGAGGAUGGAGAUGCGAACAGACGUGCUUGGAGGAUUCCUUGGUCAAUGAAAGUGUUUAUGCGACCGUCGGAACUAACUUGUAUAAUAACGUUACAUACAUGUACCCGAACGCGACCAUCUGGCUAGUCGGUCAUUCACUCGGCGGAUCUCUAUCUGCUAUGGUUGGCUUAUCAUUCGGCGCACCAGCUGUCACCUUUGAAGCACCAGGUGACAAGUUGGCUUCGAAACGAUUACAUCUACCAUUACCACCUGGUAUGCCGGCUGACAAAACCGGUAUAACUCACGUGUAUCAUACCGCCGAUCCUAUCCCUAUAGGUGCAUGUAAUGGUGCUUAUUCGGGAUGCUAUGCUGCUGGAUUUGCACUGGAGUCAAAAUGUCAUACAGGUCAAACGAUUCUCUACGACACUGUAACAGUAAAAGGAUGGUCCGUCGAUAUUCGUACACACAGAAUAACAGACAUAAUCGAAAAAGUGCUAGCCGAUCCUUGGCCUGAAACGGAUAAACCAAAAAAACCAAGUACUCAACCUCUCCAUAUAUCUAAUCUGGGACUUGGUCAAUGGUGGGGAUGGGGUAGGAAAGGUCCACAACCUGGAAAAGGCGGAGAUCAAGAUGAUGGGGAUGAGGAUACAGAUGAUGGAGGUUGGGAAAAACAUGGUGGUGUACCGUUAGCUGAAGCAGAGGAGGAUUGCGUGGACUGUUACAAAUGGGAGUUUGGCGAUGGAUGGAGUCAGGAUCCUAAGAAAUCAGAGGCGCAAGAUGGGUUAUCGAUAGCCGAAGCUAGAAGAAAGGGGUUGAAGAGAUCUUGA